GACUAUGAUCACAACUUGAACUGCACUUGGCUUAUACGAGCACCUACAGGAACUACUCUAGGUCUCGAGUUCACUUCCUUCUCGCUGGAAACCGCAGACCCCAAGACAGGUAAAUGCUACGAUUACGUAGAGAUUAUAGAUGGUAUGGACUCGUCUGAUUCGUUGGGACUCUACUGUGGUCUACUGGCUGGACGUAUUUCUCGACCGUUCGUGUCAACCAAGUCUACAAUGCUGCUCAAGUUUUACACAGACAAAGAUAUCUCUGCUCAAGGUUUUACGGUGAGAUACCGGGCAGAAGCUGUGCCAAUCAAAGAACCGAAAAUACCUGCGACUAAUACAAUAGAUCUUCAUCUACAAGCUGCCGGAAAAAUUUUAUUAGAUGGAGAAGUAGUUGUGGGAAGCAACAAAGUACCGUUAUUGGCCACUCUCCAACAGCUGAAUCAAUCCAUAGUUAGUUAUCAAAAUCAACAAACAAUUGAUGACACACUUAGUCGCAUUACCCAACUCGAAGAAUCAAUCAACGCACUCGUGUUUGCUUUGGGGCAAUCUAGCUUGAGUAAUACGUCUAUACUUCAUCCCAAAUGCUCGGGUAAUUGCAGUGGUAACGGUAUUUGUACCUUCCAGUACAACUCAACUGCUGCUGAAUGGGUACCGGCUUGCUCAUGCUACCCCGGAUAUUUGAGACCCGCCUGUUUGUCCAGAGUGCAAACGUUGGAAGGCGAUGGAAGCGACGGCACCAAAAUUAUUUCUAAAACAGAGAAUUUUACAACUUGUGUUACUCUUUCAGGUAGCGCUGUCACAGGCUCUACCGUAAUUGCAAUUAACUACGUUGUGCCUUGGUUAAAAGACGGAGAUGAAAUUCUAGUUAUUCAAAUGCAAGGGCAGACUGCCGGUUUGUUUGAGUUCAAUAGAGUUCAAAAGGUUUCCCGUUCAACACUUCAUCUCACACAUCCACUUGUGCACAACUACUCAACAUCUAUCAAGACAAGAGCACAAGUAGUCAAAGUGCCCAACUACUCUGAAUUUAGAAUCAAGAAAAACGGAAAACUUGUCGCACAAGCCUGGAAUGGUACGAGCGGUGGAGUAGUAGCCAUUAGAGCUAAGACGUUUACUAUUGACGAAGGAGGAUCCAUUGACGCUGACGGAAAAGGUUUUCGUGGUGGCCCAAAAAGAGCUGGCGGCGGAUACUGGAGUGGAGUAACAGGAGAGUCGUGGCAAGAUACAGGUUUUCCUAGAAAAGAUAAAAAUGGUAGAAAUGCUGGAGGAGGUGGAUCGUCCCUCUGUUACUGUCUUUACAUAGCAGGAGGAGGAAGUUAUGGUUCCGUAGGCUUAUCUUCUAUGGGGAGACCGACAUGUGGUAAUGGUGGUGUGCAUGGCCAGCCCGGUGCUGUGUACGGCAGCUCUAGUCUGACAAAACUUUUCUUAGGUUCGGGAGGAGGAGGAGGUUGCUCUUAUCACGUAUCAAGCAGCACAUAUAUGGGACAUGGCAAAUGUGUUCCAAAUUCUGGCUCGAAUGGUGGAGGCAUUAUUUACAUCGGUGCUGCAACGGCAACUCUACACGGCACACUAACAUCAGUAGGAAACAAUAACAUCGCAAAAGCAACUGGCAAUUGUCGUCUAACCGUCGGUGGACCAGGUAGUGGUGGUUCUAUAUUACUGAGGGCUACAACGGUGACACUGGAUGCUGCAACCGGUGUUUUCAAUAUUAGUGGAGGAGGCCGUGUCCAAAUCUACAGCACCACCUACACUGGAACAGGUGGUAGCGGAAGAGCUCGAGUAGAUUUCGAGACUCUAAACGGAUAUCCACACCAUAGUGCCAGUGCAAAGACAAUACAGUCUUCAUUUCCAGAAAUAGGAUAUUGGGGAAGUGUCGUCCCCUAGUUGAUUACGACAACAGAGUGAGUAAAAAACUGAACAAAUUUAGCUUCUGCAACUACGUAAACAACAAUAGAUUGGGACAAGAACAAGUUCAUCUCGAUUUAGAUUUAGCGUUUGACCGUAGAUAUAGUGCAUGUUAAUACAUUAUUUCAGUUUGUUUGCGUUGUUUGGUUGUUCUGACCACGUUCUUCUUAGAAAUUAUAUUGUAUUGGUGUGUAAUUUAAAUAAAGUAUUUGAAUACACCGUUUGCAA